UUUCUGCAGGUAAUGUCACAGUUUUUAAAGGUGUAACAGCAUGGCCCGAGUGAACAUAAAACACUUGAAUCACUGAAUUUUAUUACCCGGGAAAUAAAGCACAUUCAUCCAACAGUUACAAGUAAGAGUUCGAUGUUAACCCCAGUGCGCGAGGAGACGCCCAACUCAACUCCAGAAAGCGAUUCACCGAGAGUUGAAUCCUCCACCCCCUUCCUAGGCGAAGAAGUCGAAGAAGCAACUGCUUGUCACACACGCACAAACGCAGGUGACGCAGACGAAGGAAACGGCACUGCUUUGAUCCCUCCCCACGCUAGUUCGGCGAUUCCGGCAAUUCCGGCGAGUCAGCAGGAUACACCCGCGUCAGAAGCCUCUUGUCUCGAUCUGAAGAGAACCUGCGUGCUUUUGCUCGUCGAUGCUGGAGCUGGAAUUUCCGAAGGAGAUCUCGGCGAACUCCCGACUUCGAAGCUCCAAGGGGAGGAAAGAGAAGAGAAUAAAACAGAGGGAGAAACAACCGCAGUUCCAAUGAGGAGCAGAGUGGACGUGCAUACUGUAGUUCUCGAAGGCUUUGCGGAGAUGUCGCAGACAAAAGGCGAACGCGGAGCUGCGGAGAAGGCCGAGGGUAUGGACACCCAGCGUGCCCUCCUCUCCCUCGUUGCUAUAUUCUUAGUGUCCUUCAGUGCUCUUGCAUUCGUAUACACAAACUUCCCACAGAUGGAUCCGGAAGAGUAUCAGUAUAUAAAGCUACCAACAGAUAUUGAAGAUGCCAAGAACUUAGGUCGUGUAUUGUCACACUACAAGAACAGAUAUUACCUGGAAGUGUUAGCUGGAGUCUUUGUAACUUACAUAUUGUAUCCUUUUUAAAUGUGCAAAUGUUUG